UAACGACGAGGAUAUUCGCAUUUGCGGAGAAUGGAGAUCUCCAUGGUGCCCUAGAGAUGUACAGUACUCUUGAUGAACCAUCAGACAGAGAUAAACAGGCAGUUUUAACGGCAUACAUCCGCAAUGAUGAUCUCGAGGGUGCAUUGAGCUGGGUUCGAAAGACGCCUGGUAUGAAUAGACGUAGAGUUUAUGCACGUCUUUUAUCGCUCUUCGUUAGACGUAUCGACGUUGAUUCCGCUAUGGCGCUUGACACAGCUAUGCGAGAGGAAGGUAUUGCACUCACAGAAGAUCACUUUACACAGCUCAUCAAACUCUAUGCCAAACGGAGAGAUAUUGAAAUGGCCGAAAGAGUCGUUCGCCAGAUGAUCAAAGAGAGUGUUAAACCGUCGACGGAAACCUGGUCAGCAUUGAUGAAUGCGGCGACUAACGCCAAUGAUUGGCGAAAAGUUGUGCGUAUUUAUCAACAUAUUUCGAAGAAGUAUGUCAUCAACACCAAGAUAGUCAACACACUUCUCAAAGCGUAUGUCAUGCUUGGAAGUCCCUUUGAAGAUGUCCUUUCGGUUAUAAAAGCGAUGCUUGGGAUGGGUAUUCGUGCAGAUGAAGUGACUUUCGCACUAGCAAUGCAAAGUGCCUGCGAUAUGGGUCGAUUAGAUACGGCGGUAUACUUCCUCGAAGAAUGCGAGAGAUGGUACAAGAACAGACUAAUUGAUAAGCCAAAUGUCGUCCAUUACACUCUACUAAUUGCAGCCAUGCUCCGUGUUGGACACAUGUCCGAUGCGAAAUUCUGGUACGGCAAAAUGAAGGAGGAAGGAGUACAACCUGACUCAGUUACCUAUGGUGUAAUUAUAGCCAGUUAUCUCAGUAGAGGUGGUGACGACAAUGUGAAAAUAGCUAAACUAACACUGAGCAACCUCCUUGGACAGGACAUUCUAGACGCCAGAGCAAACUGGAUGGAGAAAUCAAAGUCGAAGCAACAGACACUAUCAAAUGUUCUUAAACCAUUUAUACAAAACUACGGAAAAAGGUUCACACCACAGCUCGCCCAAGAAACGUUUGAGUAUAUGACAGAAGUUGGUAUUUCAGUUAACAUAGAAAACUUGACUAUGUUGAUGGAUGGAUACCGCAGAGUAGGAAACCACGCAGUUGUGAAUGACAUAUGGGGAAAUAUGAUAAGGAUAGCAUCUAGUACGAAGCUAGCGAAGAAUGGCCUUUGCCUUCCACUCUCAAUAUACAUCGAUAGCUUGACCGCGCAGGGGCGUUUAGAUGACUUACACGAAGCGUUCAAGAUUGUGAGAGAAAAUGGAUACGGUUUUGAUGCUCAUAAUUGGAACCAUCUUGCUGUUGGCUUGAACCGCCUCGGUGAUUAUUAUCUCGCCUUUAGUGUUGUUGAAAGGAUAUUAACUGUAUGCGAAAGCAAGAGUAGAAGAGGAACGUAUACGGCUACGUAUGAUGAUGAACCUCUAGAUCUGAUAGAAGAACCAACGACAAAUGAGACAAUCGAGACCGAAGAUAUACCCCAGCCCAACAGAGCAUCAAUAAGAAGGAGCAACAUAGCUGGUAAGCGCCAAGAUGAGGAGAAGAGAAUAGUUAAUGAGAACACACAAAUUGAACCUGAUAGCAGAGAAAAGAACCUGUUGCGAUAUAUCGAAGACAUAGAAAGCGAAGGCGGUAAUCAUAUGAACUGGUUUGCACACCACAGAACACUCAAAGCGCUUAGUUGGACGCUCCAACUCUAUAAGACGAUAGAAGGCGAGAAAGAUAGAAUGUAUUAA